UCACAUCUCUCCAGUCUCCGUCCUCACGUCUUCACCCGAAAUAAAAAAAAAAAUCACUCAUGAUCAUGCCCUCAUGUCAUAUGUUACUGGUUGACAUUGAUAUUACGUGACAGGAAGUGAAUAUUGUCAAUUAUUAUCAUUUGUCUUCCUCCUCAUUGUCAUCUUUGUGAUCAGGCAGUACUGCCGGAAGCCUCUCCUGUCUUCACACACACACACACACACACACACACAGGUGUGUGUUGGUGGUGUGAGAGGUGCAAUGCAGGAAGGAUGAAGAUGGUCCUGACAAGAGGAGUGUUUCUUCUCUGUUGGUUGCUUCAGGCCGAGUCGUCCUCUGGCGACCAUGAGCUGCCUCCCCACUUCAGGCCCCUCCCUCCUCCUCCUCCGCCUGAACACACGCAGCCGGGUGCCAACCUGUUGCAAGAACCUCGCUUCCUUCAUCAUCAUCAUCAUCAUCAUCAUCGGCACGUCGGCAGCGUGCACGUGGAGCACGCCACAGUGUCUGCACGCCACCUGGUUACCAUGUUUUUGGCUGUGGAUGUCAGGAGGCUCAAUGCUGGCCUUCUUGGUGGGUUUCGAGGGGGCGUGGCGGCGGCGCUGGGCGUCCCUGUGGGACACGUCCACAUCAACGGUUUGAAUGAAGAGAAGAACGGCGUGGAGCUCUUUGUGUCGUCCGACAGGCCGGACAUUUCAGAGCCCCGCCCGGCUGAGGAGGUCAUCCAGUCGCUGGACGUUAGAGUUCUUCAUCACCACCUGGCACACUUUGGCAUCACCGAAGUUUCAACAGAGAAGAACGUCCUGCAGGGGGACCUGGGGGACCAUCUGUGGAGGCGGGAAAGCUUCUACAGCGCCAUCCUGUUCCUCGCCAUCUUCAUCAUCGUCAUCACUUUCUUGAUGGUUUUGUAUCGCCUGAAAGAGAAGACUGCCUCUGACAGACAGCUCAAAGCACCGCCCCUUCACUUCCACUCCACAGUGAAGGUCAUGCCUGACUGUGCCCAGAGGUCAAAGGUCAUCCAGGCGGUGAUGUCGGGAAGCAUGGUCCAGGUGGAGAGGUCUCUGGCCCUGCCCACUCCCCAGCAGCAGCAGCCAGUCGCAGCGUUCCCUCUGUCCAGCCACGCCCCUGUCCCGUUCGUCCACCACGUUGACCACGCACCCCCGACGAUUCCUGAGCUGAAACCCUGCCCCUCCCCCUUCAGGAUGAAACCCGCCUCGGGACUACAAGAGAGACGCGGCUCCAACGUCUCGCUGGUGUUAGACAUGUCGGCGCUGGCUUUGGUGGAGCCUCUCGGCAUCGCCGUGGUAACGCCCAGGGAGACGGCGGCCCACGAGUACCUGCUCGCCGCCAGCCGGCCGCUCACACCACAGCGGCUCUGUGACAUCAUCAAUGACACGCACAGGCUGCACGCCGAAUUCUCUGAGAUCCCCAUGAACUUCACCGACCCAAAAGAGCUGGACGUUCCCAACCAUGGGACCAAGAACCGAUACAAGACCAUCCUGCCAAACCCUCAUUCCAGGGUCCUGCUGCAUUCCAGAGGAAGCACUGAUCCGCUGAGCUCCUACAUUAACGCCAACUACGUGCGGGGUUACCGUGGCGACGAGAAGGCCUUCAUCGCCACGCAGGGCCCCAUGGUCAACACGGUGGACGACUUCUGGCUGAUGGCGUGGCAGGAGGCGGCGCCCGCCAUCGUCAUGAUCACCAAGCUCAAGGAGAAGAAGGAGAAGUGUGUCCUCUACUGGCCCGAGAGGCGGGGCAUCUACGGGAAGGUGGAGGUGGCGGUCGCCAGCGUGCGGGAGUGUGAACACUACACAGCUCACCGCCUGACACUCAAGUACGGGGAUCGAACCCACGCGCUGCAGCAUUACUGGUUCACGUCAUGGCCCGACCACAAGACGCCCGACUCGGCCGUGCCGCUGCUGCAGCUGAUGGACGACGUGGAGGAGGAGCGGCGGGUGGCGUCCCCCACGGGGCCCGUCAUCGUCCACUGCAGCGCCGGCAUUGGACGCACAGGCUGCUUUAUUGCUGCCACCAUCGGCUGCCGGCAGCUGGAGGCGGAGGACGCGGUGGACGUGUUGGGCAUCACGUGCCGGCUGCGGGCGGACAGGGGCGGGAUGAUCCAGACCGGUGAGCAGUACCAUUUUGUCCAUCACGCCUUGAGCCUGUACCAGGCCCGCCUCGCUGCUCAAAAUGGCCGAUGAAUAUCACCCAGGUGGGUGCGAGAUGAGAGAAGGUACAUUACUGGAAGGAAGUUAGAAGUUUUCGUGCAUGGACGUCCUUGUGUUGCUCUCUUAAACACGUUAACUUCAUGUUAGCUGUCAUGUUUAGCAUAGCCUGCUCGCCAUCAUGGCGGCCGGCGCCCGCUAGCGGUGCAAGCGUCUCUCUUUGAUUGUAUUUUGGUGACGAAGAACUUUAUUUUUCUACUCUUUUUACGUGUUUUCAGUGUGUCUGGUAGCACUUUAAGUUGAUGUAGCAAUCAUUUCAAACACAAAAGUCAUGUAAGAGUGCAACGUCAAAGUACUUUUGUUACUUUCAUCGUACAGUAACCCCUCGUCACCUUCACAUUUCUCAAAAUUGUUGUUUCCUGGUCAAAUACAGCCUGUUAUUAAUCAAAAUAUAGGCAUGUUUAAGCACAUUUGACCAAUUUUUGUCUGAAAACACAUUGAAAGACACUUUGUUUGAUGUAGUAUUCUACACUGGUCACUAGGUGUCACUAAUCUUAUGUUAGCAACUCUCUGUGAAUCUACAGUAUAUCGGCGGUGUCCAGACUUUUGCCCAGGGGACACUUGGGGCCCAUGGCACAUUCUAAAAAUAUAAUGGAACAAAGAAAACCUAAAAAAAAAAAAAAAAAUAAGAAAAAAAACAUUUGAAAAAUUGGCCGUUCAUUUUACAAAAAUAAAGUGAAAUUAUUAAGAGAAAACACAUUUUGUUUUUUUAAGUCGUAAUAUUCUGAGAAACAAACAAAACAACAAAUAGAGUUGUAAUUUUUGGAAAAUUACGCCGCCCAAAAAGUUGUAAUGUGAUGACAAUAAAGUCAAAAUAUUCUAUUAUUAUAGGAAUUAAUACAUAAUAUUACGAGAAGAAGAUUUACAAGAAGAAAGUUGAAAUAGUUGGAAUUAAAAGAAAAAAAGUCAAAAAAAGAGCAAAGACGGAAAUAGUCGGCUUUUUCACCUAUACGACAAAGCUGAGAUAAACUAUACAGUAUAUACUGUAGCUUCCUAGCAUAUCUACAUGUGGUACUUUACUAAAUAUCAAAGUGGCACAGUUGCAUCCUUUCACUUUUCACUAUGUGGCCCUCGCUGGAAAACAUUUGGACACCCCUGCUGUCCAACAUGUCUUAUUUUUUCUAAUUAUGUCUACAAUACACUAAGUCCCCAACCAACGAACACAGUUGGUUCCAGACGACCGUUCUUAUGUUGAAUUGUUCUUAAGUAGGGUAAAAGGUAAUAUCACCAAUGAUAUAGGUACUACAUGUACGUGUAUACAUAUACAGUAUAUGUGUGUGUAUGUAAAUAUGAGUUUGGAUGCAGUCGUAAUAUUAAACCAGGAUAAUUAAUGAAAAAAACAAUAAUAAAAGUGAUAUAAUAAUACGUAAUGAUAAAUGUUUUUUACCUUUGAAGAGGAGUGGUCGAGCAUACGUCGUUGUGGAGGAGGAGGAGGAGAUAUUGGAAAAAAAGGACAAAUGGUGGUGGUGGUUAGACUCUUCUAAAAGAGGUAGUGUUCUGUGGGUGGUGUAGAAUUAAGCAGGCCUAUUAACUCUUCAUCAACUUUAAUCACACGCUCUGUCCAGGUUGUAUUAUACAGUUACAAUGUAGCUUUCCAUUUAGCCUUCUCUCCCCAGCGGCUUCCUGUACCUGUUGGUCCCAUUAGCAGUGUCACAGUGCCCUCUACUGGUCAAGCAUGUAGCAGUAUAAAUAUGGAGUUACAGUACUACAGUAAAAGGCAAAAUACAUGAAAAAAUAGACCAGUCGGCUUGUGUUCGUAUCUCCGAAAGUUUGCAUGUCGGAUGUUCAUAAGGUGGGGACCUAGUGUAUUGGGUUUUAGGAGUGUAAAGGUGACUAUAGGGGUGUUAUUUCAUGUCUAGAGGCCUCUAAUUAUGUUAAAAACCCUAUUUCAAAGGUGGUAAACACGUUUUGUAUGUCUUAUAUGUCUUAUUUUCUCUUAUUAAGUCUACUAUAUUGGGUAAUAGGAGUGUAAAGGUGACUAUAGGGGUGUUAUUUCAUGUCUAGAGGGCUCUAAUCAUGUUAAAAAGUGUAUUUAAAAGGUCAUAAACAGGUUUUGUAUGCUCUAACUACCAAAAUAUUGCAUUGCAUAAAUUAGGAAUCCUACUCGACUGAUCACGGUCGGGUCUGGAAGCAAUGAGCCGCCAUAAACGAGGGAUUACUGUAUUGUCAUUGUUUGCUUCUAUUUAGAUGAAGACUAGCUUUAUUUAAACGUCCGAGCACGUGAUGCUAACGGUGUACGCGUGUUUUGUGAAGAGUGAAUUGGCUUGUUGGACAAUAAAAGUCAAUUGUGUACAAAGGAACGAGUGGCUUGUGGUUUUUAUUCUGUGAAUAACCUUUAGGGGGCAGUAGAGCACACUGGCUUUG